CUUUUCUCAGCAUUACUUACAGGAGCCAUUUUACAUAACUCAGGGUAGUUUACCUGCACAGAGUAGCGUGGCUGCAGAUGUGGAGUUAUGAAUCCUGCUGUUGGAUUGUUGAUGGUACUACUGAGAGUAUCGCAUGCAGUGGAAACCUACUGUGAUGGCAGGCAGGAUGGAGCUCAGUGUUAUGGAGCUUUAGGAGGAACUGUGGCCCUCCAGCUAAUGAAUAAUGCCUCAGAAAUACCCAGAUACAACUGGAGGAAGGAAGCAUCAAUGGCAAAUGAGUCAACGCAAAUUAUUCUUCGUGGCAGAGAAAAUAAACUUCAGUCCAAUACCAUGAGCAACAGAUCAGUCUUUAUUCCUGGUAAUGGGACAUUCAAGAUCAAUAAUCUGAGCAGAACUGACAGUUGUAAAUUUACUCUUGAGAUUUUUGAUUCUGGUGGAAAAAAAACAGGAAGUCAGACUCUACAGCUGUUGGUUCAAGCUCCCGUGUCAUCUGUGCAUAUGAUCUCAGAGUGUGUGUCCCAGGAACUGAUAAAAGUAUCCUGCAUCUUUGAGGUUGGGGACAGUCCUCAGUACAACUGGAAUCUGACUGGAGACAAAACAAGAGACAUUGACGUCCUUUACAGAAAUACUGAGAAUAGCAUCAUUGUUCUAAGACAAAACAUCUCAGGAAACCUGGUCUGCUCGGUUAGGAAUCACAUCAGCCAGGUCUCCAAAGAAGAGACGAUAUCUGUAUGUAAAGAUGAGGAAGCUCAUUGCAACAGCAGAGAAGAUGGAGCUAGGUGUUAUGGAGCUUUGGGAGGAACUGUGAUCAUCCAGCUGAUGAACAACACCUCAGACACACCCAGAUAUAAAUGGAAACAUAAAACAUCGACAAUCAUAUGGGGCAGAAGGAACAUUUAUUUUCCAAAUACCCUUAAGGGCAGAUAUCUCUUUUUUCCCAAGUAUGGUACAUUCAGUAUCAUGAAUCUCAACAGAGCUGACAGUGGUGAAUAUACUCUAGAAACCUUUGAUUCAGAUGGACGGAAAACAGAAAAGAGGUCUCUUCAGCUGAUUGUUGAAGCUCCCGUGUCCUCUGUCCAGCUGAUCCCUGAGUGUUUGUCCCAGGGACAGAUGAAGGUGUCCUGUCUCUCAGAGGGAGGGGACUAUCCUCAGUACAACUGGACUCUGGAUGGACACACACUGACAGGGUCUGAGCUCUUCUCAGGAAACAAUGAGACUAAUGUCAUUGUUCUGAAACAGAAUAUCUCAGGACGCCUGGUUUGCUCAGUCUGGAAUCGGUUCAGUUCUCUCUUGAUAGAGAAGACCAUAUCUACAUGUGGGUUCAUAUUUAUUAACUGCACUUUCAACGGGACACAGAUAUCUGGAUGGGUGGUUGCAGAAAAUAACAUCUUUUGUGUUGAACCAGCAGCAGUAGCAAAUGAUGUUGUAGACUUGUUGACUGUAAUGGGCAGUGUACUCUCAGUAUCGGGUUUUCUCUUAGCUGUCGGGACAGGAUUCAUCUGUGCUCAGAAGAUAAAACAUACUUACAAAGAGGAGAAAGACGGCAUUGAACCGGUCUACAUUGAGAUCAACGUUGUGCCGCAGCAGGAGAGCCAGAUGGAGGACAUUGUGGAAGAAGUGGAGUACAAACAAGUGAGGUUUAAAGAGCUUCCUCAACAGUCCGAGCAAGCUGCAGAAGAGCCAGUCUAUGCACAAGUCCACAAAGUUAGGUGACUUGUGUUACUGCAGCUAUCUCUACAAAGACUCCACUACUGAAGUCAGGCAGACGGAUGAAGCAAGGAUGCCAGAAUGUCUCAAACUCUCAUUUAAUGGGGUUUGUUUUUCAAAACACAGUCAACGUUAAUGCUUGUUUUGUUUGUCUCUACCUUUGGGGUCUACCCAAGCGAUAACUUGGCAUCAUAGUAUCCAGUAUUAUAAGUGUAAUCAGUGCCUGACGAAGUUGUAGAGGAAGCAGGUGUGGUGGUGUUGUUUUGCAACACUCAAACUCCUUUAAAAACAUCUUCUGGAAUAGAUGCAAGCAAUAAUUAACCCCACUUUAUUGAUUUGCAUCAUUCAAAGGUAAUUACUGGGAAGACUUUCAGAGUAUGCACCUGGGAUCAUGGAAAUUAAAAGGAUGAUGCAAGGAGUUUGUAGCAUUUACCUGAGCAAUAUGCUUGAGAUAGAAUAUGUGUGAGAGAUUUCUUCUAUACGGUCUCCAAAUGCAUUCCAGGCAUUAGAUACAAGAACAAUUGUGUGCUGCCCCUAAACAGAUAUUAUCUAUACCAGGUUGUGCUGAACCAUUUAUCUCUAUCAGUUGAACAUGGAACGAUCAUCCAGUGGCUCAGCUCCCUUUUUACACACAACCAGUGCUGGUGCUGUCUUUGCUUUGUAUCAAUGGGUCACAAGUGUAAUGUUGAUGGAAGUUGACUCCCUAAUCCAUGUUGGGACCUUUCAGCUGAUUGCGAGACGUAAAGAACGCAUAUAGAUCACAGUCCGAGGAGCUGGUCUAAAAAGAGCUGACGUUAAACAUCGCGGGAUGAUGAAUUCCAGGUACUUUAGAGUGAAAAUGGGUUCCUGAACAUCAAAACGGAUUUGCUUUAAGCAAAUUAUCAGUUGCAAGGUUCUGUCUCUGUAGUUUCAUUUAUUCAGAUCUGUUCCUUUAAGCGAUAAGAUUUUCUACUGUCAUGCAGCUCAUAUUGUAUUAGAGGUGUCAAAAGUAUGUUUCAAGUCUUGAUCUAAACAAAUUCAAGUACAGGUUAAAAACAUCGACAGUAAAAUCAUUGACAUCAAUCAGUCUGGGAAUGGUUGCAGACACAUUUAAAAGACUUUGGAACUUCCAUGAAAUAAUGGUGAGAGCCAUUAGCCACAAAUGCAGAAAACAUGAAGCAGUGAUGAGCCUUCCCAGGAGUGUUCAUUGACGACACAUAUAGGGUGUCACAAAACAACCUAGAACAAACUGGAGGUCUCAUCUGGGUCAUUUAAGGUCAGUGUUUGUGAUUUAACAAUAAGAAAGAGGCUGAGCAAAAAUGGACAUCAUGGGGAGCUCCAAGGCAAAAACCACUACCGACCAAAAGGGCCCGUGUCACAUUUCACACUAAACAUCUUGGUGACAUGAAGACUUUUAGGAAUAUAUUCUGUUGACUGUGAAAUACAGUGGUGGUAGCUUGAUGGUCUUGGGCUGUUUUUCUUCAGUUGCAUCAGUUCUGCUCUCUAGCAAAAAUUCCUGAAGGAGAAUUGUAGCCAUUAUCUUGUGGCCUUAAGCUCAAGUGCAUGUGGGUUAUGCAGGGAGAUGAUUAUCUGAAACACACCAGAAUGGAUCUGAAAAAAAAAAAAACACAAUUAAGCUUUUAGAGUGGCCUAGUCCAAGUAUGGAUGUUGAUUCGACUGAGCUGCAUGACUUAAACUCCAAUGUGUCUGAACUAAAGCAAAUCAGCAAAUAAAUCAGAGUGGGCUAAAAUUCCUCCACAGUGAUGUAUAAACUCAUUGCCAUCAGUCGCAAAUACCGGAUGGCAGCUCCAAGGUUGGCACAGCCACCUAUUAGGUUUAGGGGGCAAUUACAUUUUUACACAGGGACAGGUUGUUUUGGAUGGCAGUUUGUCUUAAUAAGGGGAAUCAUACAAAACUACAUUUUGUGAUUAUUACGGCUAUCUUUGUCAGAUAGGAUAGUUUGUUUGAGGAUAUGAAACAUUUAUGUGUGAGAAAACAGCAAAAACAGAACUGCCCUGUAUCCCUUUGUAUAAUUUGAAUUAAACAUUUUGUUACUGA